AUGGGCGACAUUGCAGUUGAAAGCCAGGUCAACCACGCGCCGCCACAUAAAAAGGCCGCUCCGUCAACAAUCCCCACUAUUGACAACUUCGAGGGCCUACCGACCGAGGGCGGCGAUGACUACGCCUCGCUGAAGAAGUUGCAGAGACAGUUGGAAUAUAUUCAGCUACAAGAAGAGUACAUCAAGGAUGAGCAAAGGAGUCUGAAGCGUGAGCUGGUGCGAGCCCAGGAAGAAAUCAAGCGCAUUCAGAGUGUGCCGUUAGUCAUCGGCCAAUUCAUGGAAGCCAUCGAUCAAAACACUGGUAUCGUUCAGUCAAGUACCGGAUCUAACUAUGUUGUCCGGAUCCUGUCUACCCUUGACCGCGAGUUGCUCAAGCCUUCAUCCUCUGUCGCCCUCCAUCGACACUCAAAUGCCCUCGUCGACAUCCUCCCCCCUGAAGCCGACUCUUCCAUUGCCAUGCUUGGCGCAGACGAGAAACCUGAUGUGACAUAUGCCGAUGUUGGCGGGUUGGACAUGCAGAAGCAGGAGAUUCGAGAGGCUGUUGAACUACCCUUGACACAUUUCGACCUCUACAAGCAGAUUGGUAUUGAUCCCCCUCGUGGUGUUCUGUUGUACGGCCCCCCCGGAACGGGCAAGACUAUGCUUGUCAAAGCCGUCGCCAACUCGACCACUGCCAGCUUUAUUCGAGUUGUUGGCUCUGAAUUCGUUCAGAAGUAUCUCGGAGAAGGUCCCCGAAUGGUCCGAGAUGUCUUUCGAAUGGCCCGCGAAAACUCACCUGCCAUCAUCUUCAUUGACGAAAUCGACGCUAUUGCCACCAAGCGUUUUGAUGCCCAAACUGGUGCCGAUCGUGAAGUCCAACGUAUUUUGCUUGAACUUCUUAACCAGAUGGACGGAUUCGACCAAACCUCCAACGUCAAGGUCAUCAUGGCCACGAACCGUGCCGAUACUCUGGAUCCCGCUUUGCUGCGUCCCGGUCGGCUGGACCGAAAGAUUGAGUUCCCCUCGCUGCGGGAUCGCCGCGAACGUCGUCUCAUCUUCACCACUAUUGCCAGCAAGAUGUCGCUCGCCCCUGAAGUCGACCUGGACAGCUUGAUCGUACGCAACGACCCUCUUUCAGGCGCCAUUAUUGCCGCCAUCAUGCAGGAGGCUGGUUUGCGGGCGGUCCGCAAGAACCGAUACAACAUCAUUCAGAGCGACUUGGAGGAUGCAUACUCCAGCCAAGUCAAGGGUACGAGUGACGAUAACAAGUUUGACUUUUACAAAUAA